CUCUCUCUCCCUUCCCUUUGACUCUGCCGUACCUGCUUCCUUGGAACUGGCCCAUCCCAAUUUGUCACAAUGACUCAACAGAUGUCUGCAGCAAGGACCUUCAUGGGAGGAAGGGGAUUCAGUUCUGUUUCUGCCGUGUAUGGACUAGGUGGGCGCAGAACCUAUGCUGCCUCUGUACGGCCUCCGGUUGGAAAUGCAUACGGGGUCCAGGCCUUCAGUAGCCAAAGUCUCUCCAACCUGGGUGGAAGCAGAAGGAUUUCCUAUGGUCCUGGAUGUUAUGGUGGCUAUGGCUAUGGCCAAGGAGGCUAUGGUUGUCUGGGGUUUGGAGGCAGGGUGGGUCAUUGCGGCCCUAGAAUUUAUGAUUCUGCUGGAGGUUGUGGGCCUUUUGGAGGAUAUGGACACUUCAGGGGGGAUGGCAUUCAUGGGGUCCAUAUCAACGAGAAGCUCCUGAAGCCGUUACACGUGGGGGUUGACCCACAGGAACAUGAAAUGCGAAAUCAUGAGAGGGAGGAGAUGAAGGACCUCAACACCCAGUUUGCUAGCUUCAUCGACAAGGUCAGAACUCUUGAGCAGCAGAACAAGGUUCUGGAAACAAAGUGGAACCUCUUGCAAGAGUAUGCCAUCCCAGCAAGGAAAAGCCUUGCACCAUACUAUGAGAAUUUCAUCUGCAACAUGAAGAAGGAGUUAGAGUGUUUAUUAAGUGACAAAGAACACUUAUCAGGCCAAAAAGAUGCCAUUCAACAUGUGGUGGAGGAAUUCAAGUGCAAAUAUGAAGACGAAUUCAAAAAGCGUACUUCAGCAGAAAAUGAUUUUGUACUGCUCAAGAAGGAUGUAGACUCGCUUUCUCUGAGCAAGGAAGAACUGGCGGUAAAAGUGGUUUUGCUGAGACGAGAAUUGGAAUUUCUCAGUUAUGUCUAUGAAGAGGAAUUGUCACAGCUAGACUGUCAUCUCGGUGACACCAACAUCCUUUUGAAAAUGGACAACAACCGUGACUUGGACGUUGACUGCAUCAUCAAAAACAUUGAAGCCUGGUAUCAGAGCAUUGCCCACAAGAGCAAAGAAGAAGCUAAUGCAUUAUAUGAGAACAGAUUCCAAGAGCUUCAGGAGCAAAGAGGAAAAUACUCAAACAAUCUGAAGAUCAAUCAGCACGAGAUUGCAGAUCUGACCAGGAUGGUCCAUAAGAUGCAGUCUGAAUCAGACACUAUUAAAAAACAGGUUGCUGCUUUGGAAACAUCCAUUUGUGAUAUCGAGCAGCGUGGAGAUAGUGCUCUUAAAGAUGCCCGGAAUAAGCACAUUGAGCUGCAGACUGCUCUGCAGAAGGCCCAGGAUGACCUAGCUGGCUUGCUGAGGGAUUACCAAGAGCUUCUGAAUACCAAGUUGGCUCUUGACAUUGAGAUAGCAACAUAUAAGACACUGCUGGAUGGAGAGGAGAGCAGGAUUUGCACUGGGAAUUUUGUGACUGUAGAUGUGGUCAAAAAUCCCUUCAUAGAGGAGUCCUCUGGAUUCACAUCCUCAUGUGGAUAUAGGCCUCUAGGUGGAGGAUAUUGUAGAGGAAUUAGUGGAGGAUACAGUGGGGGAAGCUGUGGGGGAAUUGGUGGAGGAUACAGUGGAGGAAUGAGUGGACGAAGUGGUGGAGGAUGUGGUGGAGGAUAUGGUGGAGGAAGUGGUGGAGGAUAUGGUGGAGGAAGUGGUAGAGGAUAUGGUGGAGGAAGUGGUGGAGGAUGUGGUGGAGGAAGUGGUGGAGGAUAUAGUGGAGGAAGUGGUAGAGCAUAUGGUGGAGGAAGUGGUGGAAGAAGUGUGGUGGAGGAAGUGGUGGAGGAUAUAGUGGAGGAAGUGGUGGAAGAAGUGGUGGAGGAAGUGGUGGAGGAUAUAGUGGAGGAAGUGGUAGAGGAUAUGGUGGAGGAAGUGGUGGAGGAUGUGGUGGGGGAUGUGGUGGAGGAUAUAGUGGAGGAAGUGGUCGAGGAUAUGGUGGAAGAAGUGGUGGAGGAACUAAGCUGA